UUCAAGGGGUCGUUGAAUUUAAUUACAGGCUCUAAAGUACGAGGAAGAGUAUCCCAGUGCAUUGAUGGAGUUCACACGUGCAUAUGAGUUGAACCCUUCUUGGGAGACUCCAAGCAAGAACCUGCGUCAGAUGCUGCAGUAUCUAGACUCCAUCAUGGACCUGCUGCAAGCCAAGGGACGUCUGAAGGCCAAGAAACUGCAGUCUUUGCUGCAAAGCAUAGAAGACAAGCAGUUGGGUCCAUAUGAAGGAGGCCAAUAUACCUCAGGUGGCCAGACAGUCAAGCUAACUCUGCAGCCUUUGUCCAGCCUCAAGGCCGGUCUAAACUGUGAGGUCGUUAUUCUGGGAAAAGUCAUAUGCAGCGUGAGGAAUGAGGACAUUGUGCCUUUCACGUUCUGCCUGAUAGACAAGCAGAAGAAUGUGUGCGCAGUGACUGUUUACAACAUAGCGGAAGGUCAGGGCGUUAUCAUCGGUGACUCAGUGGCCAUCCCUGAACCUUACGUUACCAACGUGUGCUUCUCCUACGGCAGCAGAAAAUAUUCCUACUUGAGCAUCAGAGUAGAUAACCCGCUAGUCAUGGUUGUCAACGGGAAGAAAUUGGGAAGAGAUAAACUUGCUGGAACCCAGAUGUCUACCAGUCCGAUGACUCACUAGCGAAAAUGUGACUUACUACUGCCACUGCCCUACCUGGCUCAAACUGUAGGAUUGUUACGGUAAUAGCUACUAACUAUUAAAAAGACUGACUAUUAACAUUUUGCUUUAAAACUAAUGUAGAUGCAGAGACAUUGUGUUAUUUUGAAUAAUGUAGAGACUGUUAAGUUGGCUCAUUUCUUCUUUAGAGAAGUAUUUUCUUAGAUCGUACUACAAUAGUUUUUGUUUUUUGUUCUUAAAAAUUUUACUUUACUUUGUAAAAUGAUUCUCAAUGGCAAAAAUACUCAACAUAAUUGAUAGGGGUGCAUUUAAGUAUAUAAAUCAUUAAAAUUUGUUUACUCAUCGCUUGUUUCAUUGUUUUUCAGUAUUAUUUUUAGAAAUAUAAAUGUAAGCAUCUUUUGUACCAAUAUGAAACAUUGUCAUUUCUUGCAAAAAAAUUCAAAGAUCGGAUAUUUGAUUUGGUUAAACAUGUGAACUAUGCAAUUUUUAAUCAAAUGUUGAUCCAAAUCUUGAUCAUAUUACUAUCUAUAAAUAUCUAUGUAUUGUUUUUUGUUCACAUACUUUUAAGCACCAAAGCAUCCUCAAAUGACCAUAAACGCACACUCUGGUAAGCUCUACAGCGAAUAAUUAUUACUAAUUUAAUAUUUUAAGUUAUUACUGCACAGUAUUAACAUAAAACCAGUGUCAUAGAUAUAUUUAGCACUAAUAUGUUACCCUUCGUUAACAUAACCUUGCUUUUUCCAUCUGUUUGUAGAAAACACAUGGGGGUGUUUAUGAAAAUGGUUUAAUAGUAGUUAACGCAACGAUCGCAUAAAGACUAUUUACCCGAGUUGUGUGCUACUUUACCUACGAUCGUUUUUUAAAUACUAACAAUCACUACUCAUAACUUCUAAGAGAGGUUAUGUUUAUGUUUAUUACCUCUCAUUGCCCACUGAUAGUGAUAUAACGACUCAUUAAAUAGGUAAUAGCUGAUAAGUUGUAAAAGCAUUACAAUUUUACUUCUUUUCGCUCAAUCCUUGAACCUCAUUGGUCCAUUACUAGUGCUGUAAAGUAAAAAAAAUGUGGUUAAGUAAGUAAACAAUGCAGUAAAGUGAAUCUUUUAUAUUUUUAGAACUGAAUUGAAAAAGCCAGUUUAAAAAAUGGUCGUAGGUCAAAUAUUAUCAAUUUAGUAAUUUGUUUAAAAUAUGUGCCUUUUAAUAACCAUAAAUCUAAAUACUUCUAAAGGUUUUUCUCAAGUGAUUAUAUUUUGUGAUUGUUUAAGACACGAGCUAUAAAUAACAUCUGGAGAUAGCAACUUUGUGAAUAAAAAAAUAACCAAUGGUUUGAAUACUGUCCUGAUAAUUAUUGGUACCUAGCUUUUAAAAAUGUCUAAAAAAAUUGUUUAACUCAAUAUAAAAAAAUAAUAUUUUUAAACAAAAAGAAGUCAUAUGUUUACAAUGAAUAUACAGGGUGUCCCGGAACUCUCUACCAAUAUUU